AUGUUUCCGGUAACUGGUCAACCACCACAAUCACCUGUGGAGAAUCUUAUCGAACGGCUCAAGGAGGACGCCAUUGGCAUUGAUGGAUUCAGAGGUGCUCCGGAAGAGUUUGAAUACCUUAUCCACAGUCUUGAGGAGAAGAAAAUGACCGAUUUUAUGAUUAAAAAGUUGGAGAAUAAAGUUUUGGGACUGCAAGAGGAGCUGGAUCGGGAGAGACACUUGCAUGAGAAGACGUGA